UCCCUCCCCUCUAAGAUGGCGGCCGGCGCAUGCGCCCACAGGGGUCACAGUUCGUGCCCGCCCACCACGCGGGACAACAUGGCGGCGCCGGGCUGGAGCCGGGCAGCAGCGCUGGCGGGCGCCCAAUGGCGGCUGCUGACGGCAGCGAGGCGGCGGUGCAGCGGAAUGCCGCCUGAGGAGACGCCGGCCGCCCCGAUGCUCCGGCAGCAGCCGCGGAGGCGGCCGGGCAGCGCUGGAGGCACCGGGGCCAUGGAUCCCCGACAGGUUCCUUCAGAGAGAACAGAAUCCUUUGCAUCCAUGUUGAGACGCUCACCUUUGAUUCAGAUGGGACCUGCCAAAGAUAAAAUCGCCAUUGGUCAAAUAUUCCAGGUUGUAGAAGAUGACCUUUAUAUAGAUUUUGGUGGCAAGUUUCACUGCGUGUGCAAAAGACCCGAAGUAGAUGGAAACAAGUAUCAGAGAGGAUCCCGAGUGCGCCUGAGACUGCUGGAUCUUGAACUCACAUCUCGGUUCCUGGGUGCAACGACCGAUACGACUUUGUUGGAAGCUGACGCGGUGCUUUUAGGGCUGGUGGAAAGCAAGCAGACAAAGCAAAAAGAGUAAAUUUUGUGUAAAUAAACAUACUUUGUGCUUUAGAACAAUUUAUACAAAUGAAAUGUUCCCUUGGGAGAGAAACAAGAAGUUUCUUUCUGGUUGGUUAUGUAAAUAGUGAGAUCAAUAAAAGACAGUGAGCACAUUGUAUCUGA